CAAAGCACACAUUCCUUAUUCGCAUGCACAUGUCUAUAAGUUUUCUCUGCAAAAUCCCAUCAUCAUUCAUGCCUUCCAUCGCCCGUUACUUUCAUUGCAUUUGGACAUUUUUCUGAAACUCAGCCACAAAACCCUAAUUUUUCUUCUUUUUAACUGGGCCUUUUUUGAGCUUUUGCCGUGGUGUGGAUACCCCAAUUUUGAAAAGUUUUGGCAUGGGAUUGGGCCUGUUGGUUUUCUUCGUCCGUUGAGUUGCAGGGAUAGGAGGUUCUUUUCCUUUUUGGUCUAGAUAUGGAGGAGAAAAUGGUGGCGCAGUGGGCUCUUGUUCGAGCCGUUUUGGCGAUACUACAGUGGUGGGGUUUCAAUGUUACAGUGAUCAUCAUGAACAAAUGGAUCUUUCAGAAGUUGGAUUUCAAGUUUCCUUUGACGGUCUCUUGCAUUCACUUUAUAUGCUCUGCUAUUGGAGCAUAUUUGGCAAUCAAGGUGCUGAAGCUAAAACCACUUAUUGAGGUAGAUCCUGAAGAUCGUUGGAGAAGGAUAUUUCCCAUGUCAUUUGUGUUCUGUAUCAACAUAGUCUUGGGAAAUGUGAGCUUGCGGUAUAUUCCAGUUUCUUUCAUGCAGACUAUAAAGUCUUUCACUCCAGCCACAACAGUCUUCCUACAAUGGCUCGUAUGGAGAAAGUAUUUUGAUUGGCGCAUUUGGACUGCUCUAGUACCCAUUGUGGGGGGCAUUCUUCUUACCUCUGUGACAGAGCUCAGUUUUAAUAUAUUUGGAUUUUUUGCUGCCUUGCUUGGGUGUUUGGCCACAUCUACAAAGACAAUUCUUGCUGAGUCAUUACUUCAUGGCUACAAAUUUGAUAGCAUAAACACUGUAUACUACAUGGCCCCAUUUGCCACCAUGAUCUUGGCGGUGCCAGCUCUCUUACUAGAAGGCUCUGGGGUUGUGCAAUGGGUACAAACCCACCACCAACAACUCGACUCGUCGCUUCUCAUAAUUUUUGGGUCAGGUGUCUUCGCCUUUUGUCUCAACUUCUCAAUCUUCUAUGUCAUCCAUUCCACAACAGCAGUAACUUUCAAUGUAGCAGGCAAUCUCAAGGUUGCAGUGGCUGUAAUGGUUUCUUGGCUGGUAUUUAGAAAUCCCAUUCCAGCUUUGAAUGCUUUUGGAUGUGCAGUGACUCUCUCAGGGUGCACAUUCUAUGGGUAUGUUAGGCACAAACUCUCUCAACAGCCAGGAACCCCACGCUUAGGGACGCCACGAAUGGGUGGAAACAGGGUAGAGAUGCUGCCUCUUGUAAGUGAUAAGCUUGACGAAAAGGUCUAGUCAUGGUUAUCCUGUAACACCAAUGUAAAUAUGCUUUUCAAUAAUUUAUAGAAUCAUUUCAUUAUCGUUAUCAUGGAGUACCUCACAGUGCUAUAUGUUUAUGUUUUUUUAUUUAUUUUCGUAACUCA